GGAUUAGGAAUGCUUUAAAAGGCGGAGACCCAUUUCUCCAUGGCCCCUGUGAGAUCCUCCAUAGCUCUCUCUCUCUCUCUCUCUCGGACAGAGAGAGGAAACAGAAGAGUGGAAGGUCGGAAUAUCGAUUGAACGGUUCAGAGGAAAAGAAGCAACGAGAAGACAGAUAGGAAGGAGAGGAAGCGAGAAGAGAUGUCGCCACAGGCGGAUCAGGAAGAGGGGUUAAUGAGUCGAGUUCAGUUGAAGGCGAAGAAGACGGUGGUGUCGGGGCAGCCAUGCCGGCAGGGAAAGGUGUACCCUCUCUCCGUGAUCGACCACAUGAUGGGGCUCUACUCCCUCCGCCUCAUCUUCUACUACGACCAUCCUCUCCCCGUGAAGGAGCAACAGCCACGACGCUUAGCGGGAAUGAGCAACAACCACAGCAGCGGCAGGGGCGGCCCCGUCGUCGUCCCCCUCGAGGAGUCGCUCUCCGAGGCCCUUGCCUUCUUCCCCCCCGUCACCGGCCGACUCAACCGCGACGCCGACGGCAAUUGGGAGGUCAAGUGCAACGACGCCGGCGUUCGCACCGUCGAGGCCGCCGUCCCCGGCGCCACCGUCGCCGAGUGGCUCGAGGCCGCCGACCCGGAGGCGGAACUCAGCCUCGCCCAAUGGGAGAAGAUGCCCGACGACCCCACCUUCUGGUCCCCGUUUUACGUUCAGUUGACUGAAUUCCGAGACGGCGGCUUCUCCAUCGGCUUGAGCUGCCCCCACAUGCACGCCGACCCCCACUGCGCCGCCCUCCUCGUCAAAGCAUGGGGAGACGUCCACCGCAAGUCCGGCAUUGCCAACCCGCCAUUCUUCCACUCCCACGGCCUCCGCCUCCGCAAGUCCCCCAACACCGCCACCGCUUCGGUGGAGUACUACCGCUCCAAGGCCGCCCUCCCUCCUCCGCCCCCUGCCGACCCGGAUAACUCCCUCCGCUUCAACACCAUCACCUUCCGUUUCUCCGAUGUAUCGGUACGUCGGGUUGUAUCGGAAAUAUCCGAGUCUCUCCCCGACGCCACGCCCUUCGAGGUGCUCGCCGGGCUCAUGUGGUCGGCGUGCGCGCGUGCAACGCCGGCGGCCUCGCACCUGCGAGACCUCAACCUGCUCACCGAAUUCCGCAAGGCGAUGCACGCCCCCCUCCCACACGGGUUCUUCGGGAAUGCCAUCCACUUCUCCCACGUGCAAGCAGGGGCGGAGGAGCUCGCCGGAGAUGGAGGCAUCGCCGUCGCCGCACGUGCGAUCCGGGCAGAUGCGUGUCGCACGGAGGAGGACGUCCGAUCGGUGAUCGACUGGUGGGAGGAAAGGAGGGAGCCCGAGGAGGGAAGCGACGCCGGCAGCGGGGGGAAGUUCCUGCCGCCGAUCCGGAUGUAUGGCCCGGCCCUCACGUGCGCCAACCUAGAGGGCGUGAUGGCGUACGGUGCGUCGUUCGUGGAGGGAAGGCGGCCGUCGCACGUUUCGUGCCACGUGAUUCCGCCGGAGGGAGAAGGAGUAGUGCUGGUGAUGCCAUCACCAGAAGAGGGACUCAGCCGGACUGUAAUCGCAACCCUGCCGGAGGAGGUGGCGCGGCGCGUCAGAGCGGACCCGGAGAUCGCGAAAUAUGAGCCCAAGAUCUUGUUUGGCGGGCAAUCCAAAUGAAGCACGAAGUCGUGUUUCAUCUUGUUCGCGGCGAGGAUCCCAUUUGGGAUGCAGGUCCAGACGAAUACGAAAUCAUAAUAUCGUAACGUACUUUCCUUUCUUCUCUUCGUUUGGUGAAGGGCUUCGUCUACGGACGAGAUCCUGAUUUCUUUGGAAGAGGUAACUUCUCAAGCAUAACGGGUUCUAGCGUCGACUUUGGAUUAGAUUUCAUAUGACCAAAUUGUCCUUCAUGUAUUCCCAAAUAGGGAAGCCAUUGAGUUUACUUCCUUUGCCCUUUAUCUUCUUUCAUUGGGUAGUUUUGUCAUGUUCAAUUUGUUGGUGGCUCAGAACCAGUUUGUUGUGUGUUUGGAGUUGGAACAAAUCUGCCUUCCAGUUCA